CGUUCUUACGGCGCAUGCGCAGUCGGUCAGGCGGAUCCUCCGGUCAUGGAGGAUGUUGAUGUGCAAACCAGCUGCAAACUUUCCUCACUCUAUCACUAAACCUGCUGCAUUAAUCUGCCUCUGGUUGCCAGAUCCUCUGUCAUGAAAUCCUCCUCUGAGUAAUUGACAUGUGUUUGUAAAAUGGCUGCUGAGCUGUUUCCUGCCAAAAAACUGCCCACUGUCGCACCCACCGCUGUUCAACAGUACCAGCAGCAGAACGUCAGCAACAACAACACCAUUCAGGGAUGUAACUGGCAAGGCUUGUAUCCCACUAUCAGAGAGAGAAACGCAGUCAUGUUCAACAACGAGCUGAUGGCGGAUAUUCAUUUUGUGGUGGGACCUCCUGGAGGAACCCAGAAAGUGCCGGGACACAAGUACGUCCUGGCUGUGGGUAGUUCUGUAUUUCACGCCAUGUUCUACGGAGAACUGGCUGAAGAUAAGGAUGAGAUCCGGAUCCCUGAUGUGGAACCAGCGUCAUUCUUGGCCAUGUUGAAGUAUAUCUACUGUGAUGAGAUCGACCUAUGUGCAGACACCGUCCUCGCCACGCUGUACGCCGCCAAAAAAUACAUCGUUCCCCACUUGGCCCGCGCUUGCGUCAACUUCCUGGAGACCAGCCUGAGCGCGAGAAACGCCUGCGUCCUGCUCUCUCAGAGCUGCCUGUUCGAGGAGCCCGACCUCACGCAGCGCUGCUGGGAGGUGAUCGACGCGCAGGCUGAGCUCGCGCUCCGCUCCGAGGGCUUCUGCGACAUCGACGCUCAGACUCUGGAGAGCAUCCUGCGGCGCGAGACGCUCAACGCCAAGGAGAUGGUGGUGCUGGAGGCGGCGUUGAGCUGGGCGGAGGCCGAGUGUCACCGACAGGAACUCCAGCCCAGCAUCGAGAGCAAACGGCUUGUUUUAGGAAAGAACAUCUACCUGAUACGGAUCCCGGCGAUGGCGCUCGAUGAUUUCGCCAACGGCGUGGCGCAGUCCGGCGUGCUGACGCUCAACGAAACCAACGAUAUCUUCCUGUGGUACACAGCGGCCAAGAAACCGGAGCUGAAGUUUGUCUGCAAACCACGCAAAGGGUUGACGCCGCAGAGGUGCCACCGCUUUCAGUCCUGCGCCUACCGCAGCAAUCAGUGGCGAUACCGCGGCCGCUGCGACAGCAUCCAGUUCGCCGUGGACAAGCGUGUCUUCAUCGCCGGCUUCGGGCUGUACGGCUCCAGCUGCGGCUCGGCCGAGUACCAGGCCAAGAUCGAGCUGAAGCGCCAAGGCGUGACGCUCGGUGUCGCCAUCAUCAAGUACUUCUCCGACGGCUCCAGCAACACCUUCCCUGUCUUCUUCGAGUACCCGGUGCAGAUCGAGCCCGACACCUUCUACACGGCCAGCGUGGUUCUGGACGGGAACGAGUUGAGUUAUUUUGGCCAGGAGGGGAUGACGGAGGUCCAGUGCGGGAAGGUGACCUUCCAGUUCCAGUGCUCGUCGGACAGCACCAACGGGACGGGUGUGCAGGGGGGGCAGAUCCCCGAACUCAUAUUUUAUGCUUGAGAGAGCGUCCCGUUCUGAUUCAUUAGAACCCAUUGUUUGUUGUUCCUUAAUGAAGUGCUGCUCAGAUUUUGCACAAAGGCUGCAAAAAGAUUAUUAGAGAUUACUGACAAUCCAUAUAGACUAUAUUAGAAGUGUUUGUGCACCUGAUAAGUUUGGUUAUCAUUUACUCACCCUCAUUGUCUUUCUUCAUGCUGCUGUUUUCACUCCAGGAUCAAUGGAGACUGAGGCUGUCAGAGUUCAGAAAUAUUAAAACGGUCUAUAUAUCUUGUGAGCUGUAAUUUACACCGUACAAAAGUUUGGGGUCAGUACUACAGUAGUGGAUCAAAACCUUUCAUCAAAGUUGUCCUAAAACCAAAAGGCGUUCUUGUAUUACUUUGAACUUUUUUGCUCUGACUACUGUGUUAAAUAAUAAAUUAAUACUUUUACAAAUUUCUAAUCAUCAAAGAAUCCUGAAACAAAUCAAUUUAAUAAGCAAUAAUUAAUAAUAAGCUGUUUUCAACAUUCAUAAUAAUCAGAAAUGUUUCUUGAGCAGCAAAUCAGCAUAUUAGAGUUAUUUCUGAAGGACCAUGUGACUGAAGACUGAAGCAAUGAUGCUGAAAAUUCAGAUUUGCAUCACAGGAAUAUAUUACAUAUUCAAAUAGAAAACAGUUAUUUUAAAUUAUAAUAAUAUUUCACAAUAUUACUAUUUUUACUGUAUUUGAGCAAAUAAAUUUACCAACCCCAAACUUUUGAACAGAGGUUUAAGGUUUUUUUUUUUUGAUUAGUUGAGGCUCUCAAGUCUCAUUUCCAGUUGAACGAGUGAAUUAUUUUUUAAUCAAUAAUGACCAAUUUCCUCACAUAAAAGCUGUCAUAUGACUUAAGAUCACUUGUAAAAUGGUGAACAAGAUGACAUGAGGAUGAGUAAAUGAUCUUAUUUUCAUUUUUAUGUGACGUAUUUCAUUAAGAGAAGAGAUUAUGAUCCACUUAUUUAGCUGGAUAAAACUUUCUCUCAAAGCAUUAUUGAAAGACACUAAUAAGAACAUGUCUGCUAAAGAUAAAGUAAAUCUUAAACAUUUCAACAAGUUUUUGAGCGUGGGUAAAACGGUAACAGGGUCUCCUUUCGUUUUACAGGUCACGCGAGGUUCACGUUUUCACGUGACUGACAGCGUUUAAGCUAAACAAUCAUUCCGUGAUGUUUACUCUGACUAACGGCAGACAUCAUGUGUUUCUUGUGAGGAAGAUGAUUUAAUAUCUUGAAAUCUAAUUUGUGAAGUCACACACUUGAUUUAUUCUACAAAAUCAUAUUUGUAUCGCCUUGUGUGUCGUAUCGUAAUGAAACUGUAUUUUACUGAGCUCUAAAGUAUUUGUAUAAUUUUUUUACUCGACACGUGAAGCACAAUUUGUCCUGAAGCGUUUCGCUAAAAACUUAUUUUCUCUACUUAAUAUUCAUGUAAUCCUAUAUUUUAUAACAUUUUGGUGCAAAACACAACAUUGUAUGUAAGCGGCAUGACGUUAAGAGGGGUUUUACAAAGACUUUGAGAGAAAGGAUGAGGAGAGGGAGAACUAGUGGUGCUGGUUAAGAUAAUUUCACUAUUACCAUUAUUACUCAAACUGCAACAUGGAUUUUAUUAAAGGAAUAGUUCACCUAAAAAUGAAAAUUUGCUGAAAAUGUACUCCUCCUCAGGCCAUCCAAGAUGUAGCUGAGUUUGUCUCUUUGUCUCAGAACAGAUUUGGAGAAAUUCACUUCAUCACUUGCUCAGCAGUGGAUCUUUUUAGUGAUGUUUUUAUCAGUUUGGACUCUCAUUCUGACGGCACCCAUUCACUGCAGAGGAUACAUCGGUGAGCAAGUGAUGUAAUGCUAAAUUUCCCCAAAUCUGUUCAGAUGAAGAAACAAGCUCAUCUACAUCUUGGAUGGCCUGAGGGUUAAUACAUUUUCUGCAAAUUUUCAUUUUUGGUUGAACUAUUCCUUCAAAGUUUAAAACUACGGUGCACAACUCAAGUUGUUCUAAUCUGUCACUUAAGAUUUUCGCAAUAAAAUGGGGAGAAAGAAAAUCCCAGACACUAAGGGAGGGACCCGAGCCAUAUAGGGACCACAAUAUCAUAGACAGUGGGAUUGUUUACUAAGGCCAGUAAGAAAUCACCAUAGCAACGGCCUGUCAAUCAUCUGUAACAGCAUGGCGGCGAGGACUGGAACUGUACAAAUGAUACUGUGGUGAUAAAAUAAAUGUGGUAUUCGACCUGAAACACUACACUACACUCCUGCUCUUUCAGAUGGUGUACAUGUGUAUGUCCGUGUCAAACCUUAAUUGCACUAUUUCUCAUAAAGUAGCUGUUUUUUGUAACACUGUGGCACAAUGUAGUCAUUUCAUUCCAUUGGUUUUACUUCUGAAAUGCUUGUGAUCUGGUCUGGGGUUCCGCUUUAUUUGGUCGAAUCGAACCUUGUGUUAUUGACAUUACUCUGUAAUUUGUGCCUUUUCUGGAUUGGGUCUAAUGAUUGAACUACCCAAACGUUUCUUACAUGUACACUAAAUUCCUGGACCAUGAGUUGAGAUGAUUUUACAUGCUCUGAGCACUGGUCGUAUUCACUGGAAUUGUAAGUGUAAGAGGUUUCCAUCCAUUCAUUCAUUCAUUCACAGCUGUAUUUUGAUAUAUACGGCACGAGUGAGGAAGCCUGUGUAGAAAAUGAGGUGCCUGUGAAAGUGCCAACAGACUUUUUUGAAUGUGUGAGCGGCGUUUGUGUCAACAUGAAUAAAGAUAACUUUAACUCCA